UGUCUUGUUAAAAAAAAGUGAGAAAAAGAAGAAGAAGAAGAAGAAGAAGAAGAAGAAGAGAGAUAAAAAUUAAUACAAUCGUUAAAAAGCAAGAUAAUUAUUUUAUUUAUAUGUGAUCAAAGUGUUUUCAUUGACGAGUGUUAAACAUGUGACGUACGUGAUCGCAUUUGGAUUACGAGUAUCUGGAAAUUCAGUUUCGAAUACGAAUCAUGUAUGGCUGAUGCGUGGCUGGAAUGGCAGAAAAGUUACGCGAGGCGGCCGCACGUGGCGACGUAGCGCGGGUUGCGCGACUCCUUGACGAAGAUAUUAAACCAUUGCCGGACGAAAAUGGGAGAAGUCCUCUGUUAUUGGCUGCAGCAGCUGGCCACGUGGAUGUCUGCGAAACUUUGCUUCUUCGAGAAAUCGACAUCAAUGCCGCGGACAAUACCGGGGUGACCCCAUUGCAGAGAGCUGCUUCGGAGGGCCAUUUGGAAGCGGUGGAAUUAUUGUUGAAACACGGUGCUGAUGUCGCUCGCCAGGACACCGUGCAUGGAAAUUCAGCUUUGCACGAGGCAUCGUGGCGAGGUUACAGCAGGACCGUGGCAGCCCUGGCCAAGGCUCUGGGGACCCAACGUGCACCCUUGCACGCGAGGAAUCUCGCUGGAUUCGCGCCGCUCCACCUCGCCUGCCAAAAUGGACACAACCAAAGCUGCCGCGAGCUCCUGCUGGCCGGUUGCAAUCCCGACCUUCAAAACAACUACGGGGAUACGCCGCUGCACACGUCUGCGAGGUACGGGCACGCAGGUGUUACGAGGAUCUUGAUCUCCGCCCUUUGCCGCGUGUCCGAUCAAAACAAGAACGGCGACACGGCGUUGCACAUCGCGGCGGCGAUGGGGCGUCGAAAGUUGACGAGGAUCCUGCUGGAGGCGGGCUGCGACCGUAGCCUGAGGAACAAGCAGGGAGAGACCGCGAAGGACAUAGCGAGGCGCAAGAACCUCGCCGAGAUAUUGGAGAUAAUCGGUAAAGCGCGAAGCAAGAGCAGGGGCCGGAGCAAGAGUCGCGAGGAGGAGGCGACGCCGGCGACUCUGGCCGACAAGGUCGACGGGAAGAGCGGGAGCAAGAACGAGAAGAAGCGAGAGAAGACCGGUAGUGGGACCAGCGGGAGCAGGGACAGUUGCGGGAAGAAGGAGAAAAAGAAGCACAAAUCGUCGAGUAAGCAGAACAAGGUCCACUUCGAGAAGGCCGUGAUGGGUAGACAGUGGUCCCCUUACGGAUGCCAUUACUAUCCCGAUCCGGAAGCGUUUCCCCAACCGCGGUUGGACUCGUUGCCGCCGGAUCCGUUGGGCCGCGGGGAACAAUAUUACCUGGACUUGGCGGGAAACAUCAGAAAGGGGCCCGUGGGGGUGGGGUACACGUGCUACUGCGCCCCCUUCUUCAGGCACAUGGAGGCCAAGCUGGAGAGGGACAAGGCGGAGCUGAAGGCGCACAUAGAUCAGGCCCACGAAAGGUUGGAUUUGAAGGUGGCCAAUCUGGAGAGGAGGACGAGGGGGCAGAUAUCGGAGUUGACGAGAUGCGUGGCGGCGGAGAGGUCGAGGUGCGACGAGAGGCACAUGCAUCUUCAGCAGCGUCUUUCGAGGGGCGGGAAGGGGAGGCACAGCGAGAGGCCGGCCAAGACGUCGUCGGCGUUCGCCAACGAUCAACAAUUCCCACCUGCUCGGGCGAGGUCGCUCGAGGAUCUUCUCGACGACAGACCCCACGAUAGAAGCUUCGAGAUCCCGGGAGAGACGUCGAUUCAUCGUGGCAGCUUGGACGAUCUUGAUAUUCCCGCUAUACCGAGGCUGAGCAAGUCGAUGAGGGAUCUUCCCUCCGGCUCUGGUGUCUCGAGGUCAACGCUUAGGGUACUCGACGCGCCUGCCAGAUUGAACGAAACGUUCGACGGGGUGAUCAAGCAGGAUCGAAGCUCGCCGCUAGGCGCCGCCUCCUCGCCCUCCAUUGGGUCCAGGCAACAGGUCCAUCAGCAACGCGAUCUAUCAUCUCGAGAUCAUGGCGUAAAUUCGUGCCAGGACGAGAGCAACGCGGCGAGGAAGAACGAGGAUACCUCGAACGAGUGGAAAUCUUCGGGACGACGAAGCGUUCAUGAGAUGAUUAAGCGAUUUCAACAAGUACCUGGCAUGCACAACGGUUGGAGGGGGCCGCGUUCUGGAAGCAGCGAACCCACCAGUCCGGAGCACAGUCAGUGUUCUCAAAAUCAAAGGGUCCAACCGCAAGGUGGUGUAGGAAAUACGUGGCGUGGCGAAGGGAAUGACAGCGAAAGCAGCGAAGGAGAUGACGAGCAACCAGAAGCAUUGAGCGGAGGGAUCUCUGGAAAAGGAGUGAUAUCGGAGCACGUGCAUUACGACAGCAUCGCCAGAAUGCCAUAUAGGUCCCGUAAUGCGGUUUAUAGCCCAACGCCGCCUUUGCAUGACGCGCACAAUGAUUCCGGAUACAGCACUCGCAUGUAUGGUUCCAGCAAAGGUGCUUCACCUUCGUUAUCAGGUCAAUUAGAAUGCGAUGUAAUUCUUCCGACUAAUCCGAAAGCAUUUCCCAGUGGAGAACAAUUGGCCGCACUCUUAGAACAACCGAGAAAUCACGAUCUUACGGUCUACGAACGCGGUGCCGACAACUGUGUUAUUAAUAUUGGAACAGCGAGUCUCGUUUAACACGUACGCGUAACGAUAUAAUACGUUGUUUGGAAACAAAUUCUUACACACUUCCAAAGACAUCGAUAUUUUAUAUAUAAAUUAAAUACUCUACUCAGGUGUUAAUGUAAUUCUUUUUUUUAAAAAUGAUAUGUAUAAAAUUUAAGAUUCUCUUGUACAAAAUGAUUCUCGUUUCAAAGAAUAAAACGUUGUCGUUUUGUAAAUAACUUGUAGGUAUGUGUAUGUUAAAUAUUGUAAGAUUUUUAGUGUAUUCGAAAUCUCUUUUUUUGGACGAUCACGAUCGUAUUUAUUGUCACGAGAAAUUUCAUUGAUGAAAUUCUAAAAAGAUAAAAAGAAAAUAAAAGUAUUAAAAGAGAAAUGGAGUAGAUUAAGUAUAGAUAAUUCUUUUUUAAUCGGUAUUAUAACGCUCUGAUCAGAUGAUUAAUAACAUCUUCGUAACAGGAAAAAUUACUUACCUAUAAAUUGCCAUGUACUGUCAACGAUAGAUCGAAUUAUAUCUAUUUAUUAUCUAAAUGCUUCGUUUUUUAUUCACAAUAUUAUUGUAUUACUAGUAAAUACGUCGAUUUAAUUUUGUAUCAUUGUAAUUUAAAUUAUACGUGUCUCGUUCCAAAACUGAAUGUACUAUGCAACAAUAAGCGUGAUUAAAUAACAAAUGAAAUCUUCGAAAA